UCUCUCUCUCUCUCUCCCUCCAUCAGUCUAUCUGUUUAUCAGUCUCACCGGUCAUCUCUCUCUCUCUCCGUUCAUCAGUCUGUCUGUCUGUCUGUCGUUGUCUUGAGAAAGACUGACACUCUUGGAGCCUCUAAGAAGCCCACAGACAUCUGAAAACUACAGACCCUCCCAGAGGCUGCCAGACGACGGCACAUAUCAGAUGGUAUGUUAAUGAGAAGGAUAACUAUCAAGCUAACAGUAAUGACUUGUAUUCAUGAAGCACACUGUAUGUAAUCUGAUAGCCCAGCAAUUCUAACAGUAGUAGUGUUGUUCUGAUCUGUUCUGGUUCCAACUGGGGCUGAGUCUGACACAACAUAAUGCAGUGUGUGUGUGUGUGUGUGUGUGUGUGUGUGUGUGUGUGUGUGUGUGUGUGUGUGUGUGUGUGUGCGUAAGGCCACCUGGUGGUUGAGGUGGGGUACUGCUGCUGUGAUGGUGUGCAGCAUCCUGACCUCCCUUGCAACCUUUGUUGCCAUGGAGCCCAGCUGUAACGCACACCUUGGUUACCCCGGAUUACCUGGGAUACCAGGGGCUCACGGAGCCAACGGUAAAGACGGACUCAAGGGAGGGAAGGGAGACCCAGGUAACACACACUAAGCUAUGCUGUUAUGGCCUGUGUAACAUAGUCACUAAGCUAUCCUGUUAUGGCCUGUAAUAAUUCUCUCUGAGUGAUCUGUGUAACAUAGACACUAAGCUAUGCUGUUAUGGCCUGUGUAACAUAGACACUAAGCUAUCCUGUUAUGGCCUGUAAUGAGCAGUCUGUGUUGCCUGUGCAGGUGAGUCUGUUUGGGGAGGGAAGGGCCUGAAGGGGGAGCCAGGUGAAUCAGGUCCUCCAGGACGGUCAGGUCUUCAGGGGGACCCCGGUCAGCUUGGACCCAAAGGACCCGCUGGCCUCCCCGGGGAGAAAGGCAGUCCCUCUGGGGUCAACAGCGCUGUCACCUCCUUCUUCUCCUACAAGGUAAACAACACCUCUUCCUCCUAUCUACAAGGUAAAACCAAACAACCCUCUUCAUCCAUAAUACAUAAACAACAACACCUCUUCCCCCAUAAUCCCAGGUAACAACAACACCUCUUCAUCCUAUAAUACAGGUAAACAACAACACCUCUUCAUCUAUAAUACUAGGUAACAACACACCUCUUCUCCUAUAAUACUAGGUAAACAACAACCUCUCCUCCUAUAUAAAGGUAUAACAACAAACAACCUCUUCUCCUCCUAAAUACUAGGUAAACAACAACACCUCUUCUCCUAUACUACAAGUAAACAACACCUCUUCAUCCUAUAAUACAGUCACAACAGACUCUUCCUCCUAUAUACUAGGUCACAACACCUCUUUCCUCCUAAAUACUAGUAACCACACUCUUUCCUCCUAUAAUACAAAGGUAACAACAACACCUCUUCAUCUAAAUAACACACAGAGUAAACUAGUACACAACACCUCUUCAUCCUAAUUACACAGGUAACACAACACCCUUCCCCUUAAUACAGGUAACAACAACACCCUCUUCACCUAUAAUACAAGGUAACAACACACCUCUUCCUCCUAUAAUACUAGGUAAACAACCAACCCUCUUCCCCUAUAACAAGGGUACAACAACACCUCUUCCUCCUAUAAUACUAGGUAACAACAACACCUCUUCUCCUAUAAUACAAGGAAACAAACACCUCUUCAUCUAUAAACAAGGUAAAAAACAACACCUCUUCAUCCUAUAAUACUAGGUAAACAACAACACCUCUUCCUCCAAAUACUAGGUAAAACAACACCUCUCCUCCUUAUAAUACAGGUAACAACAACACCUCUUCAUCCAAAAUACAAGUAAACAACAACCCUCUUCCUCCUAUAAUACAGGUAAACAACAACACACCUCUUCCUCCUAUAAUACUAGGUAAAAACAACAACCUCUUCCUCCAUAAUACUAGGUAAACAACACACCUCUUCCUCCUAUAAUACAGGUAACACAACACCUCUUCAUCUAUAAUACAGGUAAACAACAACACCUCUUCUCCUAUAAUACAAAGUAAACAACCCACCUCUCUCCUCAUGAAUACUAGGUAAACAACACACCUCUUCCAUCCUAUAAUACAAGGUAACAACAACACCUCUUCCUCCUAUAAUACAGGUAAACACACCCCUCUCCUAUAAUACAGGUAAACACAACACUCUUCCUCCUAUAAUCCUAGGUAAACACAACACCUCUUCCUCCUAUAAUACAACGUAAACAACAACACCUCUUCCUCCUAAAUACUAGGUAAACAACCACACCUCUUCCUCCUAUAAUACUAGGUAACCACCACACCUCUUCCUCCUGUAAUACUAGGUAAACAACACCUCUUCCUCCUAUAAUACAAGGUAAACAACAACACCUCUUCCUCCUAUAAUACAAGGUAAACAACAACACCUCUUCAUCCUAUAAUACAAGGUAAACAACAACACCUCUUCCUCCUAUAAUACAAGGUAAACAACAACACCUCUUCCUCCUAUAAUACAAGGUAAACAACAACACCUCUUCCUCCUAUAAUACAAGGUACCAACAACCUCUUCAUCCUAUAAUACAAGGUAAACAACAACACCUCUUCAUCCUAUAAUACAAGGUAACAACAACACCUCUUCCUCCUAUAAUACUAGGUAAACAACACCUCUUCCUCCUAUAAUACAAGGUAAACAACAACACCUCUUCCUCCUAUAAUACUAGGUAAACAACAACACCUCUUCAUCCUAUAAUACAAGGUAAACAACAACACCUCUUCAUCCUAUAAUACAAGGUAAACAACAACACCUCUUCAUCCUAUAAUACUAGGUAAACAACAACACCUCUUCCUCCUAUAAUACUAGGUAAACAACAACACCUCUUCCUCCUAUAAUACUAGGUAAACAACAACACCUCUUCAUCAUAUAAUACAAGGUAAACAACAACACCUCUUCCUCCUAUAAUAAUAGGUAAACAACACCACUUCCUCCUAUAAUACUAGGUAAACAACAACACCUAUUCCUCCUAUAAUACUAGGUAAACAACAACACCUCUUCCUCCUAUAAUACAACGUAAACAACAACACCUCUUCCUCCUAUAAUACUAGGUAAACAACAACACCUCUUCCUCCUAUAAUACUAGGUAAACAACACCACCUCUUCCUCCUGUAAUACUAGGUAAACAACACCUCUUCCUCCUAUAAUACAAGGUAAACAACAACACCUCUUCCUCCUAUAAUACAAGGUAAACAACAACACCUCUUCAUCCUAUAAUACAAGGUAAACAACAACACCUCUUCCUCCUAUAAUACAAGGUAAACAACAACACCUCUUCCUCCUAUAAUACAAGGUAAACAACAACACCUCUUCCUCCUAUAAUACAGGUAAACAACAACACCUCUUCCUCCUAUAAUACAAGUAAAACAACAACCUCUUCCUCCUAUAAUACAAGGUAAACAACAACACCUCUUCAUCCUAUAAUACAAGGUAAACAACAACACCUCUUCCUCCUAUAAUACAAGGUAAACAACAACACCUCUUCAUCCUAUAAUACAAGGUAAACAACAACUCUUCCUCCUAUAAAUACAAGGUAACACAACAACACCUCUUCCUCCUAUAAUACAAGGUAAACAACAAACACCUCUUCUCCUAUAAUACAAGGUAAACAACAACACCUCUUCCUCCUAUAAUACAAGGUAAACAACAACACCUCUUCAUCCUAUAAUACAAGGUAAACAACAACACCUCUUCCUCCUAUAAUACAAGGUAAACAACAACACCUCUUCAUCCUAUAAUACAAGGUAAACAACAACACCUCUUCCUCCUAUAAUACAAGGUAAACAACAACACCUCUUCAUCCAGCGGUCAAACAGGGAAAUGGUUACAAUCGUUUUUCCACCAUUCAUUUUUCCCAUAAGGGAUUUUAGAAACACUUCAAAUAAGGGCUGUGUUUCAUGUAGGUUUGCCCUGGCGUGACGUUUUGAUAACCGUGUAAAUCUCUUUAGGACAAGGUGACUUUUAUCAAUAUAUUCGACUCUAUUUACUCUCAGAUUCAAAAAUGCUAAUUAGCAUCAAAGUAGACAUCAUGCAAAACUACAAAUCCCUGCAAGCUCCUGCACGUCAUCUCUAGCUAACACCUUUGCUAACAGGGAUUGUGUCAAUAAAAAAUUUGCCCAAGAUAGGUCACAGAAUUGUCCAUUUAAAGAAAUAUAGCCUAUUUAUUCAUUACUACAUUUAGUUAACAUUAGAUAGUUAAUCCAGAGAUUCUUGCCUCGAUUCGGCAGUCUCGUCUUCUCGUCCAGAUCAUCAUGGCAUGUAGUUCUUUAUUAGCAGCUAAUUAGCAUUUCAUUUCUGGGGGGUAAAUACAGGCGAAUAUAUUGAUACAAGUCACCUUGUCCGAGAGAGAUUUACAUGGUUAUCAAAAAUCCCCUAUGGGAAAAAACGAUUGGAACCAUCUCCCUGUUUGACCGCUAGGUUUUAUGGGUAUUAUGACUCAUACUGUGGUGCUCUAUGAAUGUUUCUCCUCUCUCUCGCUGUCCCUCCCUCUCUCCAUCAGAGGAACACCAUUCAGCCGCCUCCCAAGAACACGCCCAUGCGUUUCGACGGACCAAUCGUGUCGGGCCUUAACCCUAGCCUGCAAGGCGUUUCGCUGAGUGAAGGGGUGUUCAAGUGUUCCAUUCCUGGCAUGUACUUCUUUACCUACCAUGUGUCGGCUAAGAGCCUGGUCUGUCUCAGCCUGAAGAAGGGGACAGAGACUAAGGUUCGUUUGAUUAUUUCAUCUAACAGGAGACAUAAACUGUGUUCAAAUACCAUACUAACAUACUGUAGACUACAUACUUAAUGAGUCUAUACUACAUACUAUAUACUAUUAGUUCAUUUUAGUAUACUGUAAACGAACGGUAUCCUUUCAGUUGAGCGUACUAGCGCUUCGCCUGUCUACCGGAAGUUGAUGCUGUUGCUAUGCAACCUCUUUCUAUAUUGUUAGCGUAACAAAUGACUAGCUAGACGUUUUACGAUUUUCGGGUGUGUUCGUAAAGUCAAUCUGGAGUGCCAGAGUGCGCAAAUUCAGAGCGUUGUCAGAUUGUCUGUUCGUAAAUUCAGAGCGUUGUCAGAUUGUCUGUUCGUAAAUUCAGAGCGUUGUCAGAUUGUCUGUUCGUAAAUUCAGAGCGUUGUCAGAUUGUCUGUUCGUAAAUUCAGAGCGUUGUCAGAUUGUCUGUUCGGAAAUUCAGAGCGUUGUCAGAUUAUCUGUUCGUAAAUUCAGAGCGUUGUCAGAUUAUCUGUUUGUAAAUUCAGAGCGUUGUCAGAUUAUCUGUUCGUAAAUUCAGAGCGUUGUCAGAUUAUCUGUUCGUAAAUUCAGAGCGUUGUCAGAUUAUCUGUUCGUAAAUUCAGAGCGUUGUCAGAUUAUCUGUUCGUAAAUUCAGAGCGUUUCACUCUCAGAGCGUCCACUGUGAGGUCAGAAGGCUGGUUUGAUCCGGCCUUCUGACCUCACAACGGCCGUCAAGCACCCAAGCUAAUUGGCUAAAUUUGGCUAGCUUGCUAGCUAGCUACUUCCAGACACAAAUGAGAGAACACCUCACUCUGACCAUUUUACUCGCCCUAGCAGAGCUGGUUAGGCUGUUUUCAUGUUAUCCAGAGCGUUGGUGACUGUAACUGUGCUGCUGGAAACAAUUGAAUUACGCUUGUUUUUGCUGACGUUUACUGACACCGGCCACAUAUUCAACGGGUGUUGAGCGUUAGUAAAUCCAUCAGUUAUACUGCGCUCUGGAACACUCAGAAGUCGGAGUAGAUAGACAGAAUGAACAAUGUCCAUUGAGAACUCACAACGAUUAUACCACUUAGCUAAGAAUGACGUGAAUAAUCAAAUCAAUAAACGUUGGGUAGUUAGAUAGAUAGCAUAUAGUUAAUAUACUGCCUGGUAAAUUCGAUGUAUUAGUAGCCAACUAACGUUAGGACGGUAACUAGCUAACAUACCGGUACAUACUGCUGUAAUGCUAUGCGGUUCGUAAGGAUAGCGUAGCUAACAAAUUGUCAGCCAACAUAACGUGUGACCUAAUUUAUUUGAAAAGUCAUUACUUUAUUACAUUGCUGCCUAUAUAGCUGAUGUUGUCACGCCCUGGCUCUGGGGACUCUUAUACGUUGAGCCAGGGUGUUAGUUUCUAUGUGUAGUGUCUAUGUUUUGUGUUCUAUGUUCAGUCUCUAGUUCAUGUGUUUUCUAUGUUGGCCGGGGUGGUUCUCAAUCAGAGGCAACGUGAAUCAGCUGUUGCUUGUUGUCUCUGAUUGGGAACCAUACUUAGGCAGCCUAUUGUGCACUUGUCUUUUGUGGGAUCUUGUUCCGUGUUGGUUUGUGUUAUUGACCGAGGACUUCACGUAUCGUUUUGUUCGUUUUGUUGUAUUGUGCAAAGUACACAUUAAAAGAGAUGUACGCAUAUCACUCUGCGCCUUGGUCCACUCCUUUCGACGAUCGUGACAGAUGUCCACUCUAGUGUUGUCCACUCUGAUGUCUAUGUAGCUGCUGUCCACUCUGAUGUCUAUGUAGCUGCUGUCCACUCUGAUGAUGUCUAUGUAGCUGCUGUCCACUCUGAUGUCUAUGUAGCUGCUGUCCACUCUGAUGUCUAUGUAGCUGCUGUCCACUCUGAUGAUGUCUAUGUAGCUGCUGUCCACUCUGAUGUCUAUGUAGCUGCUGUCCACUCUGAUGAUGUCUAUGUAGCUGCUGUCCACUCUGAUGAUGUCUAUGUAGCUGCUGUCCACUCUGAUGUCUAUGUAGCUGCUGUCCACUCUGAUGAUGUCUAUGUAGCUGCUGUCCACUCUGAUGUCUAUGUAGCUGCUGUCCACUCUGAUGAUGUCUAUGUAGCUGCUGUCCACUCUGAUGUCUAUGUAGCUGCUGUCCACUCUGAUGUCUAUGUAGCUGCUGUCCACUCUGAUGUCUAUGUAGCUGCUGUCCACUAUGAUGUCUAUGUAGCUGCUGUCCACUCUGAUGUCUAUGUAGCUGCUGUCCACUCUGAUGAUGUCUAUGUAGCUGCUGUCCACUCUGAUGAUGUCUAUGUAGCUGCUGUCCACUCUGAUGAUGUCUAUGUAGCUGCUGUCCACUCUGAUGUCUAUGUAGCUGCGUCCAUCUGAGUCUGAGGGCUGCUGUAAUCUGAUGUCUAUGUGCUGCUGUCCACUCUGAUGUCUAUGUAAGCUGCUGCCACUCUGAGUCUAUGUAGCGCUGGUCCACUAUGAUGCAUAUGUAGCUGUGCCACUGAUUUUAUGUAGCUGUGUCCACUCUGAUGUCUAUGAGCUGCGUCCACUUCUGAUGUCUAGGGUAGCUGCUGUCCACUCUGAUGUCGAUGUAGUGCUUUUCCAUCUGAUGUCUAUGUAGCUGCUGUCCACUGUGUGUCUAUGUAGCUGCUGUCCACUCUUGAGGUGUCUAAUGUAGCUGCUGUCCACUUGAUGUGUAAUCCACUGGGAAUAAUCAUAAUUCAUGUAAACAUUACAGUUUUGAAAACAUAGUUAGUUCCCCCAAAAAAAGUGGUCUCUUGGCACAACUUACCCCAGGUAUGAGCUGUGGGACAGGGUAAGUUGAGCUGUGGGACAGGGUAAAUUGAGCUGUGGGACAGGGAUAAGGUUGAGCUGUGGGACGGGGUUUAAGUUGAGUUGAGGGACAGGGUAAGUUGAGCUGUGGGACAGGGUAAGUUGAGCUGAGGGACAGGGUAAGUUGAGCUGUGGGACAGGGUAAGUUGAGCUGAGGGACAGGGUAAGUUGAGCUGAGGGACAGGGUAAGUUGAGCUGAGGGACAGGGUAAAUUGAGCUGAGGGACAGGGUAAGUUGAGCUGAGGGACAGGGUAAGUUGAGCUGUGGGACAGGGUAAGUUGAGCUGAGGGACAGGGUAAGUUGAGCUGAGGGAAGGGUAAGUUAAAGCUGAGGACAGGGUAAGUUGAGCUGAGGGACAGGGUAAGUUGAGUUGAGGGACAGGGUAAGUUGAGCUGAGGGACAGGGUAAGUUGAGCUGAGGGACAGGGUAAGUUGAGCUGAGGGACAGGGUAAGUUGAGUUGAGGGACAGGGUAAGUUGAGCUGAGGGACAGGGUAAGUUGAGCUGUGGGACAGGGUAAGUUGAGCUGAGGGACAGGGUAAGUUGAGUUGAGGGACAGGGUAAGUUGAGCUGAGGGACAGGGUAAGUUGAGCUGAGGGACAGGGUAAGUUGAGCUGUGGGACAGGGUAAAUUGAGCUGAGGGACAGGGUAAGUUGAGCUGUGGGACAGGGUAAGUUGAGCUGUGGGACAGGGUAAGUUGAGCUGAGGGACAGGGUAAGUUGAGCCGCCUACAAAAUUCUGUACUGAAUGAAAUAUUACCACUACCUUUUAAAACCAUGUCUAUCUUUAUUUCCCAAACACAAUCACUUUUUGUCUUUUCAUCAUUUUUAACACAGGCUUAACACCUAACAAACACUUUUAACAUAGUCCCUGGUGUUACCUCAUAGCAACGCUUUGCAUUACACCUGGUAAGAAAACACUUCAAUUUGCUCAACUUGCCAUUGGCUCAACCAUUGGCUCAACCAUUGGCUCAAUUUACCCCAAGGGAAACAUUUGGACUAUAUUAGCCCACACAGCUAAAAGGAUGCACUUUCAUGCUAGGUUUACAACAUCAUAUUGACGCUUAUAGAGACCCCAACUGAUGUAUAGAACAAGCAUCAUGAAAUCUCCAACAUAAUAAAGUCAUUUGACUUUGGUGAAAAUCUUUUUUUUGGACCUAACGUGCUUACCACUUUUUCCAUGUGGUUUCUUCCUUCACAGACUCCAUGAAGUCUCCUAAAUAUUUGGUCAAAUUAUUAUUUUUGUGUUUUGCUUCCUAGAAACAAGGUUGGCUCAACUUACCCCAGGCUCCUCUAAGCGCCAUUUCCUACAAAUGUCAUGUUUUAUACAAAACUGCUCAAACUUUUGCAUUUCAUGCCUCAGCAUUUCGCUACACCCGCAAUAACAUCUGCUAAACAUGUUCUUCUUAACUGCCGAGUUACAUGCAGCUAUUUCCUCUCUCCACGAUAUAGCAGCAUAACUAUGGCGUCACUAUGGCACUCUUUUUACCGGUCCAGAUACAAGCUCGGCUGCAUAUGCGAAAUGUUACGUGAAGUGUUCCAAAAACACAUUUUCACAUGAUUUCACAUGUGAAAUUUCACAUUACACAUGUGAAAUCAUGUGGUUCAACAUGUGAUAACAUGAAAACUACACUGUUAGCCAUUGCUGUUCAUUUUGUGGUUAAUUUUAGUCAUUAUACGGUACAUUUCUAAUAAUAGGAUACUGUAUUAGUGUUUCGCUAUAUAUCUAAUGUUGAACUCUGAAGUUUACAUACACUUAGGUUGGAGUCAUUAAAACUCGUUUUUCAACCACUCCACAAAUUUCUUGUUAACAAACUAUCGUUUUGGCAAGUCGGUUAGGACAUCUACUUUGUGCAUGACACAAGUAAUUUUUCCAACAAUUGUUUACAGACAGAUUAUUUCACUUAUAAUUCACUGUAUCACAAUUCCAGUGGGUCAGAAGUUUACAUACACUAAGUUGACUGUGCCUUUGACGCUUGGAAAAUUCCAGAAAACAGCUUGGAAAAUUCCAGAAAACAGCUUGGAAAACAGCUUGGAAAAUUCCAGAAAAUGAUGUCAUGGCUUUAGAAGCUUCUGAUAGGCUAAUUGACAUCAUUUGAGUCAAUUUGAGGUGUACCUGUGGAUUUAUUUCAAGGCCUCCCUUCAAACUCAGUGCCUCUUUGCUUGACAUCAUGGGAAAAUCAAAAGAAAUCAGCCAAGACCUCAGAAAAGAAAUUGUAGACCUCCACAAGUCUGGUUCAUCCUUGGGAGCAAUUUCCAAACGCCUGAGUUUCACAUUCAUCUGUACAAACAAUAGUACGCAAGUAUAAACACCAUUGGACCACGCAGCCAUCAUACCGCUCAGGAAUGAGACGCGUUCUGUCUCCUAGAAAUGAACAUACUUUGGUGCGAAAAGUGCAAAUCAAUCCCAGAACAACAGCAAAGGACCUUGUGAAGAUGCUGGAGGAAAAGGGUACAAAAGUAUCUAUAUCCACAGUAAAACAAGUCCUAUAUCGACAUAACCUGAAAGGCCGCUCAGCAAGGAAGAAGCCACUGCUCCAAAACCGCCAUAAAACCGCCAGACUACGGUUUGCAACUGGUACAAUCAUUACUGCACUUUGAAAUGUAGGUGGGGGCAAUGUGCUGGUGGAGUAUUUGUGCCAACCGUCAGUGGAAAUGUUGUACCAGUUUAAGUGGUUUUUAUUGUUAUGUGGAUGAAGGUUGAGCACCCAUUUUGACAUUUGUCAGUUCUGCAAUCUUUGUCAGAACAUGUGACAAUCAAGAGCUGCACUGUUAAGAGGUUACUGUGCAUCUUCCAUUAGCUUAAUGGCAGCUGGUUCACAGGAAGUUGGUUUAAUUUUAAAUAAUUUACUGUCAACUAGUUACAAAUGGGUUAUUGUAAAAUUUUGCAACUAAUCCAUCACAAGUACUGACAUGAUGGACUGGUAGGAAAGUUAGUAUUACAAAUACAUGGUGACUAGAUAUAAAUGAAAGACUUUAUGGUUCUUUGGUAUCACAUGUAUACAUGUCAGCCUUCAACAAGGCUGCCAAACUGACCCCGUGAAUAGUUGAUGUUCAUGAACAGACCAGAUUAACUGGGAUGACAUUCCCUCUUAUGGGACACCAAAAAGAGCUAGCUGAAAGCCACACCUCCAAUAAGCCACACCUCCAAUAAGCCACACCUGCAAUCUUCUGAUAUGCCGCUGCUUUUACAGUAUGCUGCCAAUCAGCAAGUGACGUGCAUGUCAACAGAAGAAUCAUUGAAGGCACAGUAGGUUACUGGUAGUGACGGGGAAACAGAGGUUACUGGUAGUGAGGGGGAAACAGAGGUUACUGGUAGUGACGGGGAAACAGAGGUUACUGGUAGUGACGGGGAAACAGAGGUUACUGGUAGUGACGGGGAAACAGAGGUUACUGGUAGUGACGGGGAAACAGAGGUUACUGGUAGUGACGGGGAAACAGAGGUUACUGGUAGUGACGGGGAAACAGAGGUUACUGGUAGUGACGGGGAAACAGAGGUUACUGGUAGUGACGGGGAAACAGAGGUUACUGGUAGUGACGGGGAAACAGUGGUUACUGGUAGUGACGGGGAAACAGAGGUUACUGGUAGUGACGGGGAAACAGAGGUUACUGGUAGUGACGGGGAAACAGAGGUUACUGGUAGUGACGGGGAAACAGAGGUUACUGGUAGUGACGGGGAAACAGAGGUUACUGGUAGUGACGGGGAAACAGAGGUUACUGGUAGUGACGGGGAAACAGAGGUUACUGGUAGUGACGGGGAAACAGAGGUUACUGGUAGUGACCUGUAGGUUACUUACUGACAAGUAGUUUCCAGUUAACAAAUUACAAAUUCACAGCAACAAGUUGCCAUUCAGUUUCUGUAAAACGCACAACAAUCUCUUCACAGUGCAGCUCAUUACUGACUCAUUAUCUUACAAAGUUCGCAGAACAGACCGUGUCGAAAGAGGUUGUCUAUUUUUCCAUUGGCAUAACCAUCAAACACUUAAACUGGUACAACACUUACACUGACUGACCACACCUCAGAAUGUGCUAAUGAGUCCCCCCAGUACAUUGCCCCCAGUACAUCAGUGAUGAUCGUACCUUAUAUUCAAAACAUUGGACAAAUGUCCCAUUAUACCUACAAGGCACCGAACUGUACCACGUGAGUUCAUUUGUGUAACUGUGAAUUGUACCCUUUGACCUUUUUGAACUGUACCCUAACCAUACCCUUACUGUUAGAGUGUGUUAAUACAUGUUCCAAGCAAUAAGUCUGAACCUGGUGGCACUGCAGGAACAUUGAUGCACACAACCAAGAGGUUGCAAGUUCAAAUCUCAGAAGAACGCAUGUAUACUCUGCAUCAAGUGUCUUUGAGCACUGCUAGUUUGAAGUUGUUGGUGAUAAUUGGACAAUUGUUUACUUGAUUCUGGGCAGCUUUUAUCGAAAUGCAUUCUUGCCAAUAGGUCUGUGGCCAUAUCUGUUUCACGUUCACAGACCUGGUGAUUUAGCUGUACUGUAGCAGGACAUUUCAGGUUGCUGGUGCCCAAGAGGUUCUGAGUUCAAAUCCCAUUCAAAGUCCCAAGGUUGGUCAUAGUACAAAGUUAUGAUUAAGAUUUUUUUUUUUUUUAUAUACAGUGAGGGAAAAAAGUAUUUGAUCCCCUGCUGAUUUUGUACGUUUGCCCACUGACAAAGAAAUGAUCAGUCUAUAAUUUUAAUGGUAGGUUUAUUUGAAUAGUGAGAGACAGAAUAACAACAACAAAAAUCCAGAUAAACGCAUGUCAAAAAUGUUAUAAAUUGAUUUGCAUUUUAAUGAGGGAAAUAAGUAUUUGACCCCUCUGCAAAACAUGACUAAGUACUUGGUGGCAAAACCCUUGUUGGCAAUCACAGAGGUCAGACGUUUCUUGUAGUUGGCCACCAGGUUUGCACACAUCUCAGGAGGGAUUUUGUCCCACUCCUCUUUGCAGAUCUUCUCCAAGUCAUUAAGGUUUCGAGGCUGACAUUUGGCAACUCAAACCUUCAGCUCCCUCCACAGAUUUUCUAUGGGAUUAAGGUCUGGAGACUGGCUAGGCCACUCCAGGACCUUAAUGUGCUUCUUCUUGAGCCACUCCUUUGUUGCCUUGGCCGUGUGUUUUGGGUCAUUGUCAUGCUGGAAUAACCAUCCACGACCCAUUUUCAAUGCCCUGGCUGAGGGAAGUAGGUUCUCACCCAAGAUCUGACGGUACAUGGCCCCGUCCAUCGUCCCUUUGAUGCGGUGAAGUUGUCCUGUCCCCUUAGCAGAAAAACACCCCCAAAGCAUAAUGUUUCCACCUCCAUGUUUGACAGUGGGGGUGGUGUUCUUGGGGUCAUAGGCAGCAUUCCUCCUCCUCCAAACACGGCGAGUUGAGUUGAUGCCAAAGAGCUCCAUUUUGGUCUCAUCCUACCGAUGAUAUCGUUUACCAAGAUUAUACAUUUUUUAAACAUUUUUUGUUAUUUUGUAUGUUUUUUAAAUAAUAAUAAUAUGCCAUUUAGCAGACGCUUUUAUCCAAAGCGACUUACAUUCAUGUGUGCAUACAUUUUUGUGUAUAGGUGGUCCCGGGGAUCGAACCCACUACCCUAGCGUUACAAGCGCCAUGCUCUACCAGCUGAGCUACAGAGGACCACAAAUCAAUUUUUGAUUCAUUUAUCAAUGAGUAUAUUUGAGUUUAACCCCAAUAUUUUUUGCAUUAUUUGUUCUGUCAUUUCUGGAGGAUUAAAUUGAAAUUGCAACCAACUUUCUAUGGCUUGUUUUAGAAAAAGUGAUAUUUGGGAGAUUAUUUCCUUUUCAAAUAACUGAAAGUGAGAGGUUGUGAUCUGAAUAAAGGGAAAAAGGCCAUUCUUGUGAUAAAGAUUGUUGUUCUUGUUGUUGUGAAGGUGGAGUUCUGUGAUUCGUCGAGUGGUUUCCUGGUGACGUCUGGGUCAGUGGUGCUGGAGCUGAAGGAGGGGGAGGAGGUGUCUCUACAGCCCACUGAAAACAAUGCUGUCAUCACUAAAGACGAUCGAGCUGACAACACCUUCACCGGCCUUCUGCUCUUCCCAACUCAUUGA